AGAUGUGACGAAACGAGCUAAGCACCGUUUGCGCACACAGCGUGACAUCGUGCAAACGCAGCCACCGUCAGUGAAACGAACACCUAUACAUUGCCAGAUCGGCGUGACUGUAGGCGUCAGUUGUGUGGUCCACAGCCUCCAAAGACAAUAGCUAUGAAGGUGUUCCUGCUGGCAGCGGUGGUGGCGGUGGCCGCGGCCUCGUACUCCCCCGCUCCCGCGGCGUCUCGGACCGGCCCCAGCCAGCGGCCCGUCCAGCCGAAGCAGACGGGGUACGACCAGCAGGAGCACCCGUACGCCUUCGAGUACUCGGUCAGCGACCCGUACUCGGGCGCCAACUUUGCGCAGCAGGAGGCCGGCGACGGCCACAGCACCCAGGGCCGCUACAGCGUGGCGCUGCCCGACGGCCGCAUCCAGCACGUCAACUACGUCGCCGACCACUACAACGGCUUCAACGCCGAGGUCACCUACGAGGGCGAGGCCCAGUACCCCAAGGACCGCCCGGGCCAGGGCUACGGCGCUGGGUCGGCCACCAACACAGCAGCUGGAUACAAUGCAGCUCCCUCAUAUAACUCUGUUUCUUCCGGUGGCCGCCCCGCCUCCUCCUAUAAUGGUGCUUCUAGUUACAACGCAGCACCUUCCUUUAACGCAGUGCCUUCGUACAGGGCUGCGUCUUCGCAUAACGCAGCAUCCUCCUAUAACGCAGCCCCUUCCAUUAACGCAGCCUCCUCGUACGGCUCCAGGCCUCUCAAUGGCCCGGUUUCUUACAACGGUGCCUCUGACUUCAAUGCUGCUGUGUCCGGUGCCGGUAUUGUUAACGCAGCUCAUUCCCUGGGCAAUGUUGGCGAUACUGUUUCUUCCUACACGAGCUAUGCGUAACUAGCUGCUGCCGGCUGUCAUGUGCUCCCGCGCUUUAUCGAUAAUACACAUGUCUCAGCAGUGAACAGCUUCGGGGCUGAUGGCUUCUCAAUAUUGCUCCUGAUUAGAGCAUAAAAAUGUUAUUUGCUACUAGCUGAGCUGUUACAUUUAUA